CAGUCACUUCUUAUAAGCGAACCGAUGCUGGGGGACACAUGUGAGAGCAGUGGUUUUAUAUAGCCCGCCCGCCUCUCGCUUUGGCAGCUUCUCAGGAACACCGGGGGCUCAUUCACUCUACUUCCGAGAGAAAAUAAAGGACAACGUGGCCAACUCUUCUCAGAGGACUAUUUACACUUUGACGCCCCUCUGAGCUUCUUAUGGGAGUGGGUGAAUGCCGAAGGGUAAACAUGAUAGGCUCUGUCUUUUGUGUCCUCACCAUAUAAAAGAAAAAAAAAAGGUGUAUCCUGGCAACAGGUGUGCCUUGGUCAGGAAAUAUAGCAGACGAUGGAAGUGGGCAAGGUUAUCGAAGACUCUCUCAAGAAGCGUGGAAUAAGAAGGGACUGCGAUGUUUCUCAACUCAGCCUUGCCACAGAAAAACUCACCAGUGUUCCUGAUUUAUCAAGAUUUCACUUUCUGAGGACGUUGUGGCUGAACAACAACAAGAUCAGAGAGCUCAGCUGCCGUUCCAUCAACUGUUGCUUGACUGAGCUUUACCUUCAAAAUAACAACAUCAAGUCUGUCUCAGGUGCUCUAAGUCAUCUGACCUGCCUGCAAAUUCUGUUUCUUCACAACAACUGGAUCAGAGGGUUGGAGGAUACGAUGCACGAGCUCAGGAGGAUGCAGCAGCUCCAAAAUGCCACUUUUUUCCUCAAUCCCAUUUCUCAUGAACUUGGCUAUCGCCACCAUGUGAUCCACCGCUUGCCCUCACUCCAGAUCUUAGAUGGAAAAGAAGUGAAGCCAGCAGAGAGGAAGACGUCGUUCCAGAUUUACAGUCAGGAUCGUCACCGCGUCCUCCAGUCUGUGGCUUUUGGAAGACACCAGUCAUAGCUUCCUAACUUCCUAUGCAAGGAGUUCAGUCAUUACACAGUGCAAAGAUUUCUCCUCCACUCUCAUUAUUUCUGUGAUAUGUUCAAAAUAGAGCAAGAGCUGCACUGCAAAUGUUAAUUAGAAUAGCCUACAGUACCAGUAAACCAAAACAGUAAAGGUUUAAGAUUAAAAAAAAGAAGAAGCUACAACUGAAGAUUUCCCCCAAAACCCAUAACAAUCACAGGAAGAAGGUGACCGUAAAACGUAUAAAUCUGAAAUGACCCCAAAAUGUUAUUUGACUGGGUUAGUGGACAGAAGAAUGUGGUUUAGUGUCUACUGAAGUUAGCCUUUGUUUCAAAUCACCAGGAAGCACCAUAUUCUUUCCUCGACAACAUGCUCGAAAUUACAGAUUCUUUGUAGAAGAUAUGCAUGCUCUUUCAAAUGCAGUCAGUUCUGGAUGUUAAAUACCACCAAGGGAAACCAUACAGUAAAGUUACAGCAGCACAAACAAUGUUUACUGAUGCAGAAAUGCACAAUGUUUUUAUGCUUGCAUUCAUACAGCCCUUUAUUCUAAUCCUUGGAUGUCUUUGCCUCAUCAAGGACUCAUACCCAGAUCUAUGCAUUAGGGGGAAUUUGAGUUUCAGUAUCUUGCUCAAGAAAACUCUGGCAUGCAUACUGGAGAAAUCAAACCACCUUCUGAUUAGCAGAACCGCUCUGCCUUCUGGUCCAUCGCUGACAUUUAUGCUUAUGCCAAAAUGAUUUUCCAUACGUCUUUACUAAGCUAUGAAAAGGUGUCAAGUCCCAGAAUGCAUCUUGGUAACUUUUAAUGUUUAUGGGUAAAAGUUUAGUGUUAAUUGGUAUUUUGAACAAAAAAGGCAAGCUAUGCUGAAUACGCUUGUCAUGCCCUCAGGAAGACUCAAAACAAAUCAACAGGGCACACCGAGCACAGCUGGAAACACAAAAGUAAUGUGCAGUUUGUGAUCAUUUGUGAUCAGGCGUA